AUGGCAAUUUUGCAGAGGAAUAAGUUGUGCAGCCUCCUACUCCUCCAAUGCGUCCUAGGCACUGUAGCAACCCAAGAUGACCUCCACUAUGUCAAUCCCCUGAUCGGAUCAACCAAUGGCGGUAAUGUCUUUGCAGGUGCAAGCCUCCCCUAUGGCAUGGCGAAACCCGUCGCCGACGUCGAUGGCCAGAAUACCGGAGGUUUUUCGACUGAUGGGAGCAAUGUCACUGGCUUUUCGCAUAUGCAUGACAGUGGCACAGGCGGGAACCCGUCUAUGGGAAAUUUUCCUCUAUUCCCACAGUACUGCAAAGACAACAUCUUGGAUAAUUGCAAGUUCCCUAAAGCUGCUCGCGCGGUUCACUACAAGAAUGAUUCUGUGGUUGCGCAACCUGGCUACUUUGCCCUGACACUCGAGAAUGGCAUCAAGGCUGAGAUGACUGCGGCGCGGCGCACGGCAUUGUAUCGAUUUACGUUCCCAAAGGGAAAGUCGGCGGAUGGAACCGAUCUCAAUCCGUUGAUCUCGGUGGAUCUAACUGAUCUGUGGGACAGUCGACAGAAUGCUUCCAUCAGCCUUGACGCCGACAAAGGUCGAAUUAGAGGCAAUGGUACUUUCUUGCCGAGUUUCGGGGCUGGCUCUUACAAGUCGUAUUUCUGUGCUGAUUUCGAUGACGCUGAGGUCGAUGACAGCGGAAUCUGGGUCAAUGACCGAGCUGGAUCGGUGCAGGAGUUGUUUGUCACUCGCGGCUUCAACAACUUCUACCUUCAAGCCGGAGGCUAUAUGUCAUUUGAUCGUCCAAAGAAUGGAAUUGUGACUGUGAGGGUGGGCGUCAGCUUUGUCAGCUCGGAUCAAGCCUGUAAAAAUGCCGAAGAGGAAGUGCCUGAACCGGAGGAUGCGUUUGAUCAUCUACGUAAAAGCGCAGAGGCUGCAUGGAAGGAGAAGCUCAGCCCUAUCAAGGUCACGUUGGGUGGUGUCAGCAAAGACAUGAUCAGUAGUUUCUGGAGUGGUAUCUAUCGUACCAUGUUAUCACCUCAAGAUCUGACCGGGGAAAAUUCACUAUGGAAAAGCGACGAGCCAUACUUUGACUCUUUCUACUGCCUGUGGGACGCUUUCCGGGCACAGCACCCGUUUCUCACAAUCAUUGACCCGAAAUCACAGUCAAAGAUGGUCCGUAGCUUACUGGACACCUUCAAGCACGAAGGAUGGCUGCCCGAUUGUCGUAUGAGUCUCUGCAAAGGCUGGACACAGGGAGGUUCCAAUGCCGAUAUUGUUCUCGCAGAUGCCUACGUGAAGAACCUGACGGGUAUUGACUGGGAACUUGCCUACAAAGCUAUGGUCAACGAUGCAGAGAAUGAGCCACUCGAAUGGUCAUAUGAAGGGCGAGGGGGCCUGCAGAGCUGGAAGCACCUCAACUAUAUUCCAUAUCUGGACUUCGACUAUAUUGGAUUUGGGACCAAUUCACGGAGUAUCUCGCGAACCCUGGAGUACGCAUACAAUGACUACGGUCUGUCCGUUGUAGCCAAGGGCCUCGGCAAAAAGGAUUACACCACUUAUUUGUCUCGGUCUGGCAACUGGCAGAACUUGUACAAAGAAGACCAGAAAUCGUUCCUAGGGAAUGGAACAGACACUGGCUUUACUGGGUUCUUUCAGCCAAAGUACAUCAACGGAACCUGGGGCUAUCAGGAUCCUAUUGACUGCAGUGCUCUGGCGUCGUGGUGCUCUCUCACAUCGAAUCCUUCCGAGACAUUCGAGUCCAGCAUCUGGGAUUUUGUCCCACAUGACAUGGCAAAGUUGAUCAAGAUGGUCGGCGGCCCAGAAUCCUUCGUGUCUCGAUUAGACUAUUUCCACACCUCUGGCUUGGCAGACAUGGGCAAUGAACCUGUCUUCUUGACCGUGUAUGAUUAUCACUACGCGGGACGCCCUGGUCUGUCCGCCAGCCGAGCCCACGCUUACAUCCCAUCUUCGUUCAACGCCACGCAUAGCGGGCUACCAGGAAACGACGACUCGGGAGCCAUGGGCUCAUUCCUGGCAUGGAGCAUGAUGGGCCUGUUCCCGAAUCCCGGUCAGAAUGUGUACCUGAUAAUUCCUCCGUUCUUCAAGGCCGUCGCAAUCACCCACCCUGAAACCAAUCAGACUGCGACCAUUCGGAAUGUCAACUUUGACAAAACCUACAAGAAUAUAUAUAUCCAGAGUGCCAAGCUCAAUGGAAAGCCCUACACCAAGAACUGGAUUGGACAUGAAUUCUUCACUCGGGGUAUGACGCUGGAGCUGACACUCGGGAACAAGGAGAGCGACUGGGGUACACGCAAGGAGGACUUACCCCCGAGUUUGAGCGACUCGAUUGCUGUCGGUGGAAAUCAUGAUGGGAUGUAG